AUGAGAAACGGGCCAGCACCUGCCUCGAAGGCUUCGUUGAAGUUCCGCAUGAAGACGAAAGUGCCACUUAAUGGCCAAGCAAGAGCAGAGCAUGGGCAGAGAUCAGAGUCCCAACGCUUACUACAGACCAAAGUGGAAGGAAAUCAAUUUGAUGUCAACAGUCAGGAGUUCAAAAGUUCAGUGAGCCGAGCUACACUUCUGGCAAGCAAGAAUGGUCUCAUCAACUACGACGAGCUCCCUCUCCCAUGGCGGAUCAACAUUUACAUCCGCACCGGCUACCGUUUCACACAUUCCAUCUUCUCGACGGCGCUGUCGCCACUAUGUCUCUCCAACGAACUUGUCAACAUCUGGACACAUCUCAUCCCAGUGUUUCUAAUCUUACGAUAUCCACUCCAUCUGAAUCCUCCUUUCGAGACGUUCCGAGAUGGAGGACUUGGUCGUCAGACUGAUGCUUUCGUCGCCAUAACAUACUGCGCUACGGCUGCGCUGUCUCUGGUUUGCAGUACGGCCUGGCACACUUUCAGGUGCAGCUCUCGCCUGCGUGUGAUGGCGGCGUUUGUCUGCGUGGAUAUCAUGUCAGUGUCUCUGAUUCUGACCGCUUUCAACAUAUUGGUCAUCCAUACCUUGUUCUAUGCUAGGUCAAGGCUACGAGAGAUCUACAUCUUCUCGAGCUUAUUGUGGUGUCUCGCUGGGGUCGUUCUACCCUGGACAAAUCUCUUCCGCCCCGUCGAGAUAGCACCGCUUGUGGUCCACGCAGCUAAGAACUGGCCCCUGAGCCGUGGCUGGAACCGAGUGAUUUUCUUCUGUGGUCUCGGUGGGCAGGGCCAAGUCAUCCCAGCGCUCCAUUCGGCAUAUGUCAACGGGUGGGCGUACACAAGUGCGAUCUACGUCCAUGCCAUUCCGGUAGUACUUCCCAUCUUUCUUGGGUCCCUACUAUACGGCAGCAAAUUUCCGGAGAGAGUGUGGCCGGGACGAUUUGACUACAUUGGAUGUAGUCACAAUAUGUGGCAUGUUGCCACAGCUAUAUCUGCUCUGGCGGGGUGUUGGGGCAUGCUGGGCAUGUUUGAGGUCGCCUGGGGACGAUCUGCUUGA